AUUCCGCCACAAUCACAAAUAAGUCCACGGAAACUGAAUACGUCAAAACAAUUUAGUGCAAUUAGAGAUAUUGUCGUCUUUAUCUACCAAGUGAGAGCGGGUUCCUUAUCUGUCAUGUUGAAAUCAAAUUUCGCACACACAUGAAGUGUAACUGCAACGCACUUUUGUACCACUCGCCAAAGCAAAGAGUAUAGUAUAAUAAGUAUACGGGCCACUCGCUAGUCAACGUUCAACCUGUGUGUGCCUCUUUUUAAUAAUCUUUCUGCCCUAGAAGAACAGUUCUGAGAUUGUUGGUGAAAUUAGGAACCAAUAACCACUGCUAAGAAAAUGGCCGGAUCAGCGUUGCGGCGGCUUAUGGCUGAAUACAAACAACUGACCAUCAAUCCUCCAGAGGGCAUUAUUGCAGGUCCUAUUAAUGAAGAGAACUUUUUCGAAUGGGAGGCACUUAUCACAGGACCUGAAGGAACAUGCUUUGAAGGUGGCAUUUUCCCUGCAAAAUUACACUUCCCGCCUGACUACCCACUGAGCCCGCCCAAAAUGGAGUUUACAUGCGAGAUGUUUCACCCUAACAUAUAUGCUGAUGGUCGUGUCUGCAUAUCAAUCCUGCAUGCGCCCGGUGACGAUCCCAUGGGUUAUGAGAGCAGUGCUGAGCGGUGGUCACCCGUACAAAGUGUAGAGAAAAUACUGCUCUCUGUCGUCAGCAUGUUGGCUGAGCCAAAUGAUGAGAGUGGUGCUAAUGUUGAUGCUGCCAAAAUGUGGAGGGAAGAUCGAGAACAGUUCAACAAAAUAGCAGAGAAAAUAGUCAGGAAAACAUUGAGUUUGGAUUAGUUGUAAUGUGAACAUUAAGAUCCAAGUUUAAUCAAUUUUCAGGGGAGGUAGCUCCUCUUACUAUGACAAAUAUGUAUGAAUAUGCAUAGGCUUUUCUGCAUGCUAAUUGACAAAGUUAUUUUUAUGGGACAACGCCGCAAACAAGCAAAUUGGUCACCUUAUUGUAAGUGCAGACAUUGGCAACACCAAGAUUUAUAUUUAGCCUUUUGGGGUGAGGAAUUUAAGGUCUGGGGAUUGGGGUUGGAGACGCAUUUUAGAAAUGGCCUAGAUUUGUUUAUAUAAAAAUGUACAUUAUAACUGGUGGAUUUUCUCCUGAUUCUACUUGCCCAGCCGCUACGUCAACUGUGCUGUCAAACUAGGCACAUGGCAAAUUUUGUUACCGGAGACUGAACCCUACCCAAACCUUAAAUCCCUAACCACCAAAAUGCCUUGCUACUUGUAAUUCCCCUGGUGAUGCAGGUGUCCAUGGACGGGCAAUUGCUUGUCAUAAGGUGAUCUGUCUUCAGGUUUGACGCAAUAUAUAAAAAAAAAUGUUUUAUGGAAAAUAAUAAUUGAGCUACUUUAGCAAUAAUAUAGCAGUUUUCAAAGAACUAUUUUAGACUGUUUUACAAUUAUUGAGUUGAGUAGAAUGUAAAUAAAAAUCUUGUUGAAAUGUUAUUACUAUUACGGAAUAAUUUAAAUUAUUUUUUAUAUAAUGUACUUUGGACAAUCUUUAAAGUGCUUUUUUGUUUAUCAAGUUCCUGGAAUAAAAGACCAAAUGGUAAAUUUGUUAAAAAGAUUACUAACUUUGAAGAGUGCUUUGAAGGUUUCUCUUUCAGGACCAGAUUUUCUGUCUUCACUUAAAAGGUCAUCAGUAAAAUUCAGUCUGCAUUUUAUUAAUGACAUUUUAAAUUGAAGUAUUGGGAUAACAUGGAAACUGCACUUUAUAACUUAAUAUUCAUAAGACGACGACGUAUUGCAUAUAAAAUUCUGUGAUAUUUGGAUUUAAAGUUGAUGUUGCGAAAAUGUAGUGCAACAGAGAAAUGAGAAAAAGCUAAGAUACUAUACACUUGGUCCUUCUGUCUUUUUCAAUGUUCUCUGCUGUAUCUAGCACAAUGCGAUAAUAAGGAAUAUGCAUUCUAUAAAUAUAUGUGAAAACACCAGUUGAACAAUUUGAUUUACAAUAAGUAAUCUCCAUGUUGGUGACUUUAUUUCGUGAUGUCACUGUGCACCAUUGCAUGGUGCAAGAGAACUUAAGAUUUUUUUAAUUGGACAUUGCAUUCAAAAUGUGUGUACCAAACUAAUAAAAUGUAAUUUUGCUUAUGUACAUUUUCAUAUAUGAAAUGAUCAUUUUCAAGAUUUGUUCAUGAACAAACAAAGCGAGAAUUAAGAUUUUUAUUUCCAACAAAAAAUCACCUUGGUUUCUUACACGAACAAGUCGAGAGAAUCAGACGAUAAAUAAGGUAUUUAUUAAUUCUGAAAGAAUGAGCUUCUGUAAGCAGAUUACAUUUCAGAUUAAGAUAAAAUUAAAUUUUUAAUAGUAAUAGUAAAAUGUUAUUGGAUUUUUUAUUUUAUUUU